GUUAAACCGGACUAUUGCGAGAUUAACCAUCAUGGAAGAAUCAUACACAGUUCACAAACCUUAAAACCUAAACCGAAGAGAUUUUGUGACGAAGAAGAAGAAAUCAGCCUUGGCAAAGGUGAUUUUGCUUUGGUUGCUUUUGUAUUUUGUGUGUGUUUCAGUGGAGGGUUUUAGAUUUCUCUUUAGGGUUUUGACUGGUUUGAGCUUUUGUUUGGUUGGUACUGUUCUUCUUCGCCGCUGAUUCGAGUAAAUCAUUACUCUUGCAAUUGAAUGUCAUACGCGCUAUUUCUUGGUUAAUCGGUGUAGCCGUGUAAGUUUUUGAAGUUAUGACAGAAUUGCAAAUGGAGGCAGAGACCAGUUCUUCUGUGCAGGAGUCUGUCUCGAAGCCUCAAGUCAUUUACAGAUGUAAGAAAUGCCGAAGGAUAGUAGCUGUUGAGGAAAACAUUGUCCCGCAUGAACCGGGUAAAGGUGAAGAAUGCUUUGCUUGGAAAAAGAGAAGUGGGAACCCCGAACAAGUGCAAUGCUCCUCGAUCUUUGUCGAGCCUAUGAAAUGGAUGCAGACAAUACAUGAUGGAUUAGUGGAAGAGAAGCUUCUCUGUCUGGGAUGUAAUGGUCGGUUAGGUUAUUUCAACUGGUCUGGGAUGCAAUGUAGCUGCGGCGCGUGGGUUAAUCCGGCUUUCCAGCUUAAUAAAAGCCGAAUAGACGAGUGUAAAUCCGAGCCUAACCUUCCAAACCCAAACCUAAACACGGAAAGUGGUUGAAAAGAGAAGAUGUUAAUCCGGCUUUCCAGCUUAAUAAAAGCCGAAUAGAAGAGUAUGAAGCUGAAUAUGGAACUUGAUGAAAUGAGAAGAUAUAAACUCUUGGAUAACAGAAGAUAAGAUCAAAUUAAGUCUUGUUGUAAUUGAAUACUCUAAUGGGUUCAUUUGGUUAUAAUUCCAACAGAGUUUAUUUGCUUAAUGUUAAAGUGUUCUUUAAAGUCAAAA